AUGUUUCGAAUGGCACCGGCGCUUCCAAAGAGGAAGAACAUUCCCGGAAGACCAGCCACGGGUGUCACCAUCGGAAACGUGGAGAAAAUAAAUCAACUUGUGCAUAAGGAUCGUCAGAGGACAAUCAACGACAUUGCUGAUGUUGGUGAUCUGUCGUGCGGGCCCGUGCAGGCAAUCCUAACGUCUGAACUGAACACACGGCAUGCCUCUGCUAUGUUUGUCCCCCGCCUGCUGACCACUGAGCAGAAAGAACAUGGCGCCAAAGUCUGUCAAGAUCUCCGCCAACGUGUCGCUGAUGACCCAUCUUUCUUGUCGAGUAUCAUCACCGGUGACGAGAAUGGGGUCUACGGGUACGACCCUCAUACGAAGCAGCAGUCAUCACAAUGGAAGAGGCCUUCAUCUCCACGACCGGAACAGGGACUGCAGAGCCGCAGCUCAGGCAAGCCCAUGCUCAUCUUUUUUAUGGACAUCCACAGUAUUGUGCAUCGAGAAUUCGUCUUCCAAGGCCCGGCCGUCAAUCGAGAGUUUUACUGCGACAUGGUUUCUGUUGGUAAUUAUCACUACAUAAAUUCUUCCAAAUCAUUUUAG